GCGGGGAGAAAAGGCGGGGCCUCGGGUAAGAUGGCGGCGGCUGCUGCCGGUGUGGGCCGCCUUGAGGAAGAGGCGCUGCGGCGGAAAGAACGGCUGAAGGCCCUCCGGGAGAAAACCGGGCGCAAGGACAGGGAAGAGGGGGAGCCACAGACCAAGCAGCUCAGAGAAGAGGAAGAGGAAGAUGGGAAGCACAGGGGACUCAGGCUCCGGAACUAUGUCCCAGAGGAUGAGGACCUGAAGAGGAGGAGAGUCCCCCAGGCCAAACCAGUUGCAGUGGAAGAGAAGGUGAAGGAGCAGCUAGAGGCCGCCAAGCCAGAGCCUGUCAUUGAGGAAGUGGACCUGGCCAACCUGGCACCCCGGAAACCUGAUUGGGAUCUCAAGAGAGAUGUGGCCAAGAAGCUGGAGAAGCUAGAAAAGCGGACCCAGAGAGCCAUCGCAGAGCUGAUCCGUGAACGGCUAAAAGGCCAGGAAGACAGCCUGGCCUCUGCAGUGGACGCCACCACCGCACAAGAGGCCUGUGAUUCUGACUGAGCUGUUCUCCACGUCCAUCUGCCCAGCACGCUUGUCCUGCGGGAAGGUGGUCUUAGGCAAGGGUGGGUUUAGGCUAGCCAGCACUUCCGGACCUCAGGACCGAAGCCAGCCCAGUCAGUCUCAGCCUAUGGGGGAGGCCAGCUCAUCUCCAUGGCGCCCACCACCCUGCGUGGGUCAGCGGAGGUUUGUACAUAUGUGUGUAUAUUGAGCUAUUUUUUUAAGGUUCUGGAAUUAGAGACAAAUAAACUCCCAUGUAGUAGA